AUGCCCAUAUAUGCCAAAUUCGUGAAAGACAUCAUCUCCAAAAAGCGCUCCACAAAUAUAGACCUGAUCAUCCUGACUGAAACAUGUAGUGCCAUUCUCCAAGGUAUGAAAAUUCCGGUGAAAAAGAAAGAUAGGGGAUCGGUUACUAUUCCUUGCACUAUUAGUGAUAGAAAAUUCAAGAAGGCUCUAAUUGAUUUGGGAGCUAGUGUGAGUUUGAUGCCAUUGUCCAUCUACAAAAAAAUAGGACUUGGCAUCAUUCAAGACACUAGGAUGACGCUUCAGUUUGUCGAUCGCUCUGUUAGGCGACCUUAUCGAAUAAUGGAAGAUGUUAUGGUAAAGAUAAAUAAGUUUGUAUUUCUGGUUGACUUUGUCAUUCUGGAGAUGCCUGAAGAUGAGGAGAUUCCUCUCAUAUUGGGCAGACCAUUUUUAGAUACAAGACGGUGCAUGAUAGACAUAAAGGAAGGAACAAUGACUCUCAAAGUCUAUGACGAAUAA